AUGGCGCCUCCAAACCCAACCGGCUUCGACAUGAAGACCUUCAAGGCUGCGGCCUCACCUACAUCAGAAUGGGCGCUAAGAGAUCCAUGGAAGCGAAAUGAGGCAUGGCGAUACACAGGCCCAUUCUCCCGAUGGAACAGAUUUAAGACCGGAUUUCCAGGCCUCGGAAUUGCGACUGUUGCUUUUGCCAUAUACUGCGGCUACGAGUACGCUUUCUUGAAUGACAACCACCAUGGCCACAAGGAGGAGGGUCACCACUGA